GCUAUAUGUACAAAUUAUAUUGUUUGUAGUUAUGUAAUUACACUAAAUUAUAAUAAAUUUAUAUUUAAGAAAAAAAUAUUGAUAGAUAUAUAGAUAGUCCACAAACAAAUAACACCUAAUUAAAAAAAAAUUACCGAUGUACAAGUGUGACAAUUACUCUAUCUGCUUUUAAAUGUAUGGUGCUAUAUAUAUGAUUUUUUGAACAUGAUAUUUGAUAUUUGUGUUAUUUAAAAAAUAUUAGUGUAAAUAUAUAAAAUAUAAGUUAUGAUUAAAAACGUUUAAUAUGAUAAAAUAAGGCAACAAAGUAAAUGACAUUUACGUAUUUUUUUAAUAAGAUGGAUGAUCUUUAAAAAAAAUAGCGAAGUUAGUAUAAUUAAAUUAAGCUGGAUUACAAAGAUCUUUGAACUAAGAUUGCAUAACAAGAUGAUAAUUAAUUAACUGGUUUCCGCAUCAAUUAUAUCCCAACCAACUCUCGCUAGCGCUGAUUUUGUGAUGUGAUGUCUCUCUUGUCUCCAUUUGGCAUGUUCUCAUCCGGCCAUCCCUAAUGUUUCGGGUGACAAUUACAGCGUUAAUUUGAAACCUACCCCCCAUGGAAAUAUCACACAUAGUCAUAUCGACUCUAAUAAUAGUAGACAACUUAAAACUUCAUUUCUUAAUUUCGAAAACCAUGUGAUUAACAUAACAUAAUCCUCUGGAUUAAUAAAUCUUCCAACUUGUAAGAUAGCUAUAGAGUCAUAUAUUGACUUCCAUGAAACAGCCACGGCGAGACCCUCCGAAACGUUCCUUUCCGACGCGGCGGCGACCGUCUCCCUCCACGCGUCAGGCGGCCGCGCUGCCGGCCGCUGCCGCCCCGGUCUCCUCUCCCGCCAUAAUUUAAACCCCAAGGAGACGAAAUCCCGGUCCUACCCCUGCUCGAGUAGGCAUGACUACUCGGAGCUCGAGGGGGCAGUUCAGUCUUUGCGCGUCACCUCGCCUCCACGACCCUCGAGACAAAACCUUCCCAUGGGUUUGUGUGUGAAGUGCUCGUCAGACAUGGCGGGGCCGACGCCGACGUACUCGUCGGUGGUGGCGCACACAGCGGCGUUCCUCGCGGAGCUCAUCGCCGACCCGCUCCUCCGGCGACACCUGCUCUCCGCCGCCGCGGCGGCGGGCGGCGUGGGGCGGAAGCAGCGGCAGCACCCGGCGGCGACGCUGCAGGCGCUGUCGCUCGUGUCGGACGCGCUCGACACCGCCGCGUCCGCGCCGCCGUCGCUGUCCUCCCUCCGCGCCGCCGAGCGGCUGCUGCUGUCGCUCCCCGUCGCGACCCCUUUGUCGUGCCUCCUCCUCGCGCUCGCGUCCGCCUCGCGCCGCCGCGGCGGGGCGGCGGCGGCGGCGGCGGCCGCGGUGCUGGACCUCUUCGCGCUCGACCCGGCGCUCGCGCGGCACGAGCUCGCGCCGGCGGCCUUCGAGGCGCUCUUCGCGCCGCGCCUCCUCCCCGUCAUGCGCCACUUCGCCGCGCGCCGCGCGUCCACCGCCGCCGCCGCGGCGGAGGCGGCGUCCCAUCGCGGCGAGGACGGGUCCGUGGAGACCGCCGCGAUGUCGGCGAUGAGGGUUCUCUCCCUGAUGAGCGGCGCCCAGGCGCAGGAGAUGAGGGACCUGGAGCGCGAGUACGAGAAGGUGCUCGACGCGAACUGCAUAGCGUACGCGCUCUACCUAAAGAAGAUCCUUGAAACCGGCGACGCGGCGAAGGAGACGUACUCCCCGCCGCCACCGCCUCCAGAGCUCGUAUUCGGCGUCGGAGACGACGACCAGGACGGCGACGUCGACGACGAGACCACGGCGGAGACCGACGAGACCGUCAGCUCGCAGAACGACGUACGGUACAACCCGAUCUGGGCGGACGCCGACGAGGCGGCCGACCUGUACCCGCGGCAGGGCAGCGGCAAGGGGUGGAGGGAGCUGAUGCGGCCGCCGAGCCUGUACCCGCAGCGCGUGCCGCCGCACCUCAUAGUGCAGCAGCAGCAGUCGUCGCCGUCGCCGACCGGCAGAGGAAGCCCGGUGGCGAGGCUGCGCGCCGGGCACUCGCCGGCGACGCCUUCUUCCGACGUCAGCAUGGAGGACUCCCCCUCCUCCUCCGAGCUCCUCGCCGGCAGAGAGGAAAAGCACACGGCCUCGCCGCUGUCACGGCCUGCAGGCAGAGCGCGUCCACGCGGCGAGGAAGACGACGACGACGACGUCGCCGCCAUGCUCUCUCCGGAGCACGCGAGUUCUGUGAUGGGCGGCGACGGCGGCGGCGACGUGGCGCGGCGGCCGGUGGUGGCGACGCCCAAGGACUUCGUGUGCCCGAUCACGAGCCAGGUGUUCGACGACCCCGUCACGCUCGAGACCGGGCAGACGUACGAGCGCCGCGCCAUCCAGGAGUGGCUCGACCGCGGCAACGCCACCUGCCCCAUCACGCGCCACCGCCUCCACGGCGCCCACCUCCCCAGCACCAACUACGUCCUCAAGCGCCUCAUCGCCGCCUGGCGCGACCAGAACCCCGCCGCCUCCUCCUCCGCGCCCACGCCGCCGCCGCCGGCGACGACGACGAUGGAUAGCCCCGCCGCCGCGGCCCCGUUCAAGAUCAGCUCGCCGUCGCCGGACGCCACCGUGAGCCAGGCCAGCGCGCCGUCGCCGACCAGCGUCAUCGCGCAGGCGUCCCUCGACAGCGCAGUCGGCGAGCUCCGCGCCGCGGUGUCCUGCCUCUGCACGUCGGAGGAGCUCGCCGACUCGGAGAGGUCGGUGCUCCGGAUCGAGCGGCUAUGGCGCGAGGCCGCCGGUGCCGAGCACGUCGUCCUCGCCGCGCUCGCCAAGCCCGCCGUCGUCAACGGCUUCGUGGAGAUCCUCUUCAACUCCGUGAGCGCGCAGGUGCUCCAGGUGGCCGUCUUCCUCCUCGCCGAGCUCGCCUCCCGCGACGACGCCGUCGUGCAGACGCUGACGAGGGUGGACUCCGACGUGGACUGCCUCGUCGCGCUCUUCAAGAAGGGCCUCGUCGAGGCCGUCUCGCUCAUCCACCUCCUCUCCCCCUCGCCGGAGCAGCUUGUCGAGAUGGACAUGGCCGACGCGCUGGUCGCCACCAUCCGGCGAGGCGGCGGCGACGACGACGGCGGCGCGGUGGUCAAGAUGUGCGUCAAGCCGAAGGCCGCGUCGGUGAUCCUCCUGAGUCAGAUCCUCGUCGAAGGCGGCCGGGACAGCUCGUCGCCGGCGGUGGCCAAGUCCGCCCUGGUCUCCGAGAGGUUCAUCAGGAGCGUGGCGGCGAGCUUGGAAGCCGAGCAGGUGGAGGAGAGGGUCGCCGCCGUGAGGAUCCUACUGCGGUGCGUCGCCGAGGACGGCCAUUGCCGGAGCAGCAUCGUCGAGAACUCGGCCCUCGCCGCCGUCCUCGACGCGUUCCACGUCGUCGGCGACGCCGACAAGUUCGACAUCGUGCGGCUCCUCUCCGAACUGCUCAAGCUCAAACGGCGAUCAGCUGCUGAUCGUCUUCUUCGGACGAUCAAGGAGGCGAGCUCCUUCAGCAUGAUGCACACGCUUCUCGUGUACCUGCAAUCCACGACACCGGAGCAGAGCCCUGUCGUUGCAGGGCUACUUCUUCAGCUAGAUCUCCUAGUGGAGCCGAGGAAGAUCAGCAUGUACAGGGAGGAAGCAGUGGACAGCCUCAUCCAGUGCCUCAAGAACUCGGAUUACCCGAGAAGCCAGCUGCUCGCCGCCGAGACUAUCAUGAAUCUCUCCGGCAAGUUCUCCUCGUCGGGCCGGCCACUCUCACGCUCAUCGCUGCUUAAGCUUGCCAGGGUGAAAGAGAGGCACCGGCCGUCGCACGAUCUCAGCAUUUCUCGCGGCGCCGGCGAGGACGAAAUGGAGGAAGAGAAGGCGGCGGCGGAGUGGGAGAGGAAGGCGGCGUACGCGCUGGUCAGCCAUGAGUUCGGGCUGGUGUUCGAGGCGCUGUCGGGGUGCCUCGCGGCGGCCAAGAACGGCGAGCUGUUCACGGCGAGCCUCGUGUCGGCGGCAUGGCUGGUCCGCAUGCUCCCCCUCCUCCCCGACACCGGCGUGCUCGGCGCCGCCAGGGUGUGCCUGCUCCGGCAGCUCGUGCUCGUCCUCCGGUCAGGCAAGCACGGCAGCGACAGGGCCCUCGCCAUGGUGGCCCUCAGGAGCUUCAUGAACGAUCGCGAGGGGAUGCACGAGAUCACGACGUACAUCAAGGACGUGCUCAGGACGCUCAGGGAGCUGAAGAAAUCGUCCGGCCUCGCGUUCGAGAUGCUCAAGCUGCUGUCAGAUGGACAAGAAUCCAGCAUUGAUAUGUGGAAUCACAAGGAGCUCAAUCACGCAGACUGCAGCUCGAAUGGUGAGGUCACAUCGAUCGCCUACUUCAAGGGCUACAUCUUCUCCGGCCACUCUGAUGGAACACUAAAGGUCUGGGAGGGAAGUGAGAAUAUCCUUCGCCUAGUCCAUGAAUCCCAAGAACACACGAAAGCAAUCACCAGCUUAGCAGUGCUACACUCAGAGGAGAAACUGUUCAGUGGAUCACUGGAUAGAACUAUCAGAGUGUGGCAGCUCCGAGACGCCCUCCGGUGCGUCGAGGUCCACGACGCCAAGGACCCGGUUCAGAGCCUCGCCGUCGCCGCCGCCAUGGCCUGCUUCGCGCCGCAGGGCUCCGGCGUCAAGGUGCUAAGCUGGAACAAUGGUGGCGGCGCCAAGGUCCUGAACGCGAGCAAGGUGGUGAGAUCCAUGGCGCUGGUGCACGGGAAGCUCUUCUGCGGCUGCAACGACGGCGGCGUGCAGGAGAUCGACCUGGCGAGCGGGACGAUCGGCGUGAUCCAGCAAGGGAGCAAGAGGAUCAUCGGCAAGGCCAGCCCGAUCUACUCUCUGCAUCUUCACGGCGACCUCCUCUACACCGGCAGCACCUCGCUCGACGGCGCAUCAGUCAAGAUAUGGAGCAGCUCGAACUACAGCCUGGUCGGGACGAUACCGUCGUCGGUGGAGGUGAGGUCGCUGGUGGUGAGCUCGGACCUGGUGUACCUCGGCUCCAGGAAUGGCGUCGUGGAGAUCUGGUCGAGGGAGAAGCUGACCAGGAUCGGCGCUCUCCAGGCCGGCGGCGGCGGCGGCAGCGGCCGGGUCCAGUGCAUGGCCGUCGACGCCGACGGCGAUGUCAUCGUCGUCGGGACAUCGGACGGCAGAAUUCAGGCUUGGGGAUUGACUUGAUCGGAUUGUUGAGAUUAUUGUGGAGAAAAGGAUUGUUGAGAUUAUUUUGGACAAAAAAGGAUUGUUCAGAUUAAUGGACAUUGGAGGGAGAUUAAGGAAUAAUUAAGUUGGGGGUAUUCCUUGUGGUGAAUAAAGUGAGAAGAUAGAGAUGAUAUGCUUGUAAUUUGAUUUAAUUUUGUUGGCACGCUUUUGCAUGACCUGCAAUGUGUACAUAUUGAUCAUGUCCAUACUGAAUUACUCAUUUCUUCCCUAGCAAAAACAGAAAAAAGAAGUGGCUGGCUUUGUAUUCAUAUACUCCUACUUGAUAUUAAUAGAAGAAAAGAGCUUUUAUACCA